GGAUGCAGACGCCUGCGAUGGAUUUUUAUUGAUAAAUUAUCGACGAUGACGACCCGCAAGGGAUGUGAUCUCACCACUUGUGAGAGAAAACGUGAGGAGCUGUCGAGAGUGACAACAGGAGGCGUGCCAUUUCCCAUCGCCGGUGUUUAAACUACCCGUCUCUUUCACGCCGGAAAGGAGAAGGCUCGACGUUUCUCGAGUGAUCUUCCACAAGAGAGCCCACGGGGCCGACUUGUCCGUUGCAAAAGCAUUCGCACGACGACUUCUUCUCCCCAAAAUUGCCCCGUAUCCUUUCCGCUCGGUCGAUGUCGCGCGUCGUAGAGACUCGGGCCUUUUGCAGGGCGUCGGCGGCGAGACGCCCCGCUCCCCCGGUGUCCCGCUCGGACCGGAUCCCACCGCCGCCUUCGUCGGCCUCGGAGAUGCACGCCGAAGCGGCCAGGCUGCUGUCCUUCUCCGAGGGGUGGCCCGAGUCGUCCCCCGUGCGGCCCGCGGACUUAGCGCGGGCCGGACUCUACCGCGUGGGCCCCGACGACCUGGUGGCCUGUUUCCGCUGCGGCGGGAUGAUGCAUCGCUGGAAGGCGGGAGACGACCCCGUCCGGGAGCACGCCAGGCACUUCCCCGCCUGCGCGAUCAAGGCUCAACUACCGGGACAGACGCCGCAGAGUACAACUGCGGAGAUUGAGCACGCAUCGCCAUCGGUCGAGGAGCUUCUGGACAAGCUGGAAGAGCGGCUGUCCUGCAAAGUGUGCAUGGAGCACGAGGUGUCCAUCAUCUUCACGCCGUGCAGACACGUGGUGACGUGCGGCCACUGCGCCCUCUCCCUGAGCGAGUGUCCCGUGUGCCGCGUGGCCGUGAGAAGGGCGCUCCGGGCCAUCAUGGCUUAGGCGGACGGCCGUGGGAAGGAAGAGAGAGAAACGACCGCCCGGGAUUCCGACCGUUGGGGCCAGUUAGUUGAUUAACCCCUCCUCCCUCUCCCGUUGCGAGACAUAGGCCGGUCGCUGGCAAGCGGUGAGAGGCACGGGGAGGGCAAUUUAACUCGGCCACCGCCCUCCACCCAUAGAUCAGCUUAUUUUUUGGUUUCCGGAAUGUGAAAGGGUUCAUUGAUAACGAUCAGAGUGUGGUGAUUUGAAGGCGUACGAUGUCAGACUUUGAAAGUGAAGAAGUGAAGUUUAAGGCUGUUCUUUAAUUUGUACUUUAACCAGGAUGGUACGCAAAGUUUAUUUGUUAACAAUUUAUACAUUUGUGAGUUAUUACAUUCACAACUCUGUGGGACACAGUGCAAUGGGUGGAAGGGUCAAAGAUUGCGGUGAUUUUAAGGCGAAUAUACAUUUGUGAGUUAUUACAUGUACAACUCUGUGGGACACAAUGCAAUGGGUGGAAGGGUCAAAGAUUGCGGUGAUUUUAAGGCGAAUAUACAUUUGUGAGUUAUUACAUGUACAACUCUGUGGGACACAAUGCAAUGGGUGGAAGGGUCAAAGAUUGCGGUGAUUUUAAGGCGAAUAUACAUUUGUGAGUUAUUACAUGUACAACUCUGUGGGACACAAUGCAAUGGGUGGAAGGGUCAAAGAUUGCGGUGAUUUUAAGGCGAAUAUACAUUUGUGAGUUAUUACAUGUACAACUCUGUGGGACACAAUGCAAUGGGUGGAAGGGUCAAAGAUUGCGGUGAUUUUAAGGCGAAUAUACAUUUGUGAGUUAUUACAUGUACAACUCUGUGGGACACAAUGCAAUGGGUGGAAGGGUCAAAGAUUGCGGUGAUUUUAAGGCGAAUAUACAUUUGUGAGUUAUUACAUGUACAACUCUGUGGGACACAAUGCAAUGGGUGGAAGGGUCAAAGAUUGCGGUGAUUUUAAGGCGAAUAUACAUUUGUGAGUUAUUACAUGUACAACUCUGUGGGACACAAUGCAAUGGGUGGAAGGGUCAAAGAUUGCGGUGAUUUUAAGGCGAAUAUACAUUUGUGAGUUAUUACAUGUACAACUCUGUGGGACACAAUGCAAUGGGUGAAAGGGUCAAAGAUUGCGGUGAUUUUAAGGCGAAUAUACAUUUGUGAGUUAUUACAUGUACAACUCUGUGGGACACAAUGCAAUGGGUGGAAGGGUCAAAGAUUGCGGUGAUUUUAAGGCGAAUAUACAUUUGUGAGUUAUUACAUGUACAACUCUGUGGGACACAAUGCAAUGGGUGGAAGGGUCAAAGAUUGCGGUGAUUUUAAGGCGAAUAUACAUUUGUGAGUUAUUACAUGUACAACUCUGUGGGACACAAUGCAAUGGUGGCAUGGGAAAGCGUUAACACGAGUGCGGUGAUUUGAAGGCGUUUGAUGCCAGACUUGAAGUGAAGAAGUUAUGUUAAAGACUGUUCUGUAACCUUUAUUUGAAUUGGAAUGUUACGCAAAGUUUCCGUGUGUAAAACAAUUUUACAUUUGUGAGUUAUUACAUUUAUCAGUGCCGGUAGCCUUCAUAGCUGCUGCUCUCGCUACACGGCGGUGGAUGGGUGAUUUUUGUGUGGACCGCUUUGUGCUUUUGUUUCUAAAAAGUGGCGGGUU